CUUAUUAUCAACGCUGAGCGUGGAUGAACUUUGAGGUUUUGACCGGUGGGGAAAAGUCGAUUAAUCCUCGCAGCUGGCUUGUUUUUUCGCGUUUUUCGCGGACGCGUUCGCGCACGGUGGAAAAGUUUUGUGAUUUGCGUGCUUUGCGAAGAAGGUCGUGCCAAAAGGGCUUGGAGUUGUGGGGGAAAUUUCGAGGUUUUCCGACCACCUGCUGACCGGAACCGGAAGCGACGAGGCGAACCGACGUCUGGCCUACAUCCCGGCGUCACCGACGUGGCCAAGAUAUAUAGAUUUUCGGGUUUGUUUUAUUUGGAAAGUCAUUAAUCACAGCAGGAAGUACGCGUGUGAGCUGUGAGCGAGAGAAAGAAGGUGGUGAGGUGAUUUACGCGGAUGUUUUGUUACAGUUUAAAUAGCCGUGGAAAAUAGCUGGGGAUCGACCCCACCAAACCCCGCGCCCCCACCCAAAUAGUACAAGAAUAGAAUAUCAAGUGUCUGCAACGGAUGCAGCGACGGUGAAAAUUUCUCCCUUCUGUGCAAGUGCACCCAAGUGAGAGAAGAAAAGUGUGGGAAAUUUAUGUGCGAUACCUGGGUCUGCCCUUCUGCUUCUAAAGAAGCAUAGUGUUCGUCCCCCACCCAUAUUUUAGAAAAGAAGGGGAGAAAGUUGCUGCAUAAAAAGAAAAAAAGGAGUGAAUGUAUGACAUAAAAUAAAUGUGAGAAUCUCAGCCGAGCGCGGAAUUUCAAGUACUUGGAAGAAAUGCGAUCACGUGUUUAUUGCAGCAGAUGAAAACAUAAAGCAAGAAGAAGAACCAUCUUAACACAUCUCAUCGUCAUUAAUUCGACACGUGGAAGCGAUGCUGAUGGUAUCCAAAUAAACCAAACGGGGGGGUCGAUAACGACCGGCAGCAUCCGCUCUGGAUUCGAAAACAUUGCUGAAAUCGCCGUAACAAAAAUCAAACAAACAAAUCAUCAUCGCAUCAAAUUGAAAAAAAUCAAAUCCGAGCUGGUAGAAAGAAAAUCGCGCCCCCGCGAAAACGGAAUAUGAGAUGUGGAGUUUGCUAGUGCUGUUGCAGAUUUUGCUUGUGAAAGAGACAGCGUUCGGUAUCAAGCUGACGGAGGUGCGAGUGCCUAAACACACCAUCAAGGACCACUCGGUUCGGCUCGAGUGCCACUACGAGAUGGAGGGCGAGGCCCUGUACGCGGUCAAGUGGUACAAGGACGGCCACGAGUUCUACCGGUACGUGCCCCGGGACUCACCGCCGGUGCAGAUCUUCCCCCGCGAGGGCAUCAACGUUGACGUACAAAAUUCCACCAACGACCAGGUGGUUCUGGAUCCGAUCGAGCUCGCGUCCACCGGCAAGUAUCGAUGCGAGGUGUCAGCAGAAGCGCCGUCCUUCCAGACCGUGUCCGACCACGGCGAGAUGACCGUUGUGGUUCUCCCCGACGAAGACCCGCACAUAUCGGGCGGAAAGCCCCGCUACCAGCUCGGGGACGCUGUCCGCGUAAAUUGCACCUCCGGCCGGUCCAAACCCGCCGUUCACCUCACCUGGUACAUUAACAGCGAGCCGGCGGAGCCGGGGCUGGUGCGGCAGUACGAGCCGGUCGUGUCCGGCAAGGACAAGCUGGAGACCUCCAUUCUGGGGCUGGAAUUCCGGGUAAAGCCAAAGCACUUCAAGCGGGGUGACAUGAAGCUGAAGUGUCUCGCCACCAUUUCCACCGUGUACUGGAAGAGCAACGAGGAAAGCGUCGAGGGUGACAAACCGCAGAAGGCGCCGAUGCUCGAGUCGCGAAAGGCCGUCGCCGCCAACACGCGGGCGGACCGGGUUCAAGCAGGUCACAGCAGCGCCCCCAGCCUGCCCUCAAGUCUCGUCACACUGCUAGCAACACUCCUGCUGGUGGUCACCGUGGCAACGAGCAGGUCGCACAGCUUACUCAGCACAACUCCGCAGCAGCACUUCCGACCAACAACCGCCCCAAGGUAACUAGAAACCGGGAAAAUGAGCUCUUAAGCACCUCUCUAGAACUAUGCUGCUGGUGAAAAAAAAAAAACUAUUUCAAUUAAGCUGUGUAAGUGAAACCAAAAUUUUAACUUCUAACUAUAACGUACAGACAAAAAAUGUGUGGGUGGUUGAGAAGGGUGAAUGCGGGAAAUUUGCGUGAGUGCGGAAGAAAGAUGUUGUUUUUUUUUUUAGAUAAAUUAAGUUAUGAAGAAAUUUAAAUAAUUGAAAAAAUCUAUAUAAGUGUAGCGAUGAUGGUGAGGGAGAAUGAGCAAAUUUUAAGCAGAAAACUUUUGAACUGGUGAGAAAUAGUAUUACGAGGAUAGAAGAUAAUUUAUUUAUGAAUGGUAAGGCGAAACUUUUCCAUUGGUACGCUCGCUAAUAAAUCAAAUUAAUUUGAUUUGCGUAUUCAAAAAAAAAGAGAGAGAAGAGAGAAGGAAGGUGGCAAACAAAACCGAAAGCACGUCUAGGAUUAGAGUAGGAAAAAACCCAGCUAUGGCAGCAAACCCGAGACUAAUGAUUUCAUCAGAUAGAGAAAGAAAGAGGGUAGAUAUCUUCAUUCCGUUCCAUGACCGACCACACUGUGAAGGGUAGGGUAAUUUGACAAUAGUUGGUGGGGGAAAGGAUGAAAAUUUCUUUGUUCAACUGUUGGCAGGCUACCCUGCUUUUGUAUUAAAGUAUGCCAAAGGUGGCAAAAAAAGAAUAGCUCUAUAACUCUAGACUACACCUUCACUUGAUUUAGUCAAAUAGCAUUAUCAUUUGAAAAUUCACAUUGUAAAUAAAGCCGAUUUGCUCGCGCCCUACUUAAGCUCUUUUUCCACAGCUCAACCCAUCAGCGGCUUCCGUCUAUUGUGUAACAUUUUUAUUCCGAAGCCCUACGAGAAAAUCGUGCACGAAAUCAGGAAAUGGAUUCAACCUAUUCCCAUCCCAUUCGCAUUCCCUACCCCUUUGACUACUCCAUGGCAUGCUUAUUUAACCCCACACCAACCCAACCCCAUCAAUUUUCAAAACAAUCACACCGCAAAAGUGGAUUUUCACACCCACACCACCACCACAGUGAAAAAGUCAACCAUCACCAUCGCCGUUGCUUCCGCUAGUCACCGCGUGGUGGCGCCCAACUCGCUGCGCGCAAAUUUCAAAAAUUAAAUUUGACAACACGCUGUCGAUAGCUGUUAUCGACGCGAAAUAUUUAUUCGAAAUAAUGCUGUUAUUUCGAUCGGAACCCAAACCAAUACAUCCAAUCACACAAUGAACCUCACGUCGAACCGCCCCCUCCCCCCUUCUCGAUUGGUUGGUUGAAUUAUGGUCUUCGAUGGUGGAGUGUGGAAAAACACCCCUUCUCGAGGCUAUCCAUAUCCUUUUAUUUUCGAGCAGCUGCUGGAAAAUUCCGGCCCGUGGAAUGAAUGCUAAACGUACGAUUUUCCUAGAGUUUUGCCCGAGUUUCAAGAAAAAAGAAAACGACGUCAAUUUGUUUUGGCGCGGCAAGCGCAGGCCAUGAUCGCGCUUUGAAGAGAAAGGAAAAAAUAAUGCUGAUGAGGACAGCAUUAUGUUUUUUCCCCCUUCAAUCGAAGUAGUCUGGGGAAGGCUGAUUCAGCUGAAAUGAUGGGGGAGAGUGUGUGUGGGGUAGAGGGUGAUCAAUGAGAUGGAAUCGAUUGCGCGUAGCGCCAGGUAACUAGAUUGGGGGAAGACUUUUCAUCAGUUCGUUUUGGGAAAUUCAGUUUUAAAGUUCAAGUUAUUGAUUAAAAAUGGUGACGAAAGCUUACACUUAAGUGGCUUGAAAGUAGAGCGUCCAAUUUCCCGUCCCGGGAAAAAAAAUUCUCGGAAAUUCCCGGGAUUUCCCGAAAAAAAUAUUUCCCGUUUCCCGGGAAAUUUAUAAAUUUCCCGGGAAAUCCCGAAAUUCAAGCGGAAGUAUACAUUUUCCAAACUUUUUGGCACAUUAUUUUUUAGAUUUACAAGAAAUUAUUAUGAAAAAACUCAAUUUUAUUUUAUUCUAUUCAAUUUACCGUUCUUAUAACUUAUCAGUUCGUCUGAUAAAUUCAUAUUAGUGUUUAUUUCAAAUAGUAUUAGUUUCUGUAGCUUUCAUAACUGGGAUCUUGUUUAUUCGUUAAGCAACAAAAAAUACGAUAUUUUGGAAUGAAAAUUAAAUGUUAUAAUUCUGGUUAAUUUUUCAAACGAAAAUUGUUGUUUUAUCAUUUGAAAACAAGGUACCCCUUCUGUCAAAAUAUUUUUUUUACGAUUUUGUUUACUAUGGCCAAAUUGGAUGAAAAUUGAAAAAAAUAUCCUCAAAGAGAGCUGUGCAAGAAAAAUUUGGUUAAUUUGUUUAAAAGUGUUUACAGUUUAAUGUUAAAAAAAUAUAUAGCACUUGAGCUAAUGAGCUAACAAGUUAAGAGGUUUUCAAAUGAAAUAGUGUCUAAACUACUUUUAUUUCUUUAAAAAUUAUUUAAGUCGAGGUCAUUUAUUAAGCUGAAUCAUAAAAAAAACUACUUCGUAUUGUAUAGAAGGUGUCCAAAAAAUGCAAACAUAUAUUAAAAUAUCGCUCCAAAUAUGUCUAAGCUUUAAGUUGUGAUUUUAUAAAAAUAAUAUUUCUAGUGAAAAAGCUGAUUUUUAAUGUAAAUCCAAUGCUUAUAUAUUUAUUCAUGAGCACAAACAAGUAAGAUUUGUUUGGAAAAUAGAUUUCAAAUCCAUAUUUUCUUCAUGAUUUUUAUAGAUUUCAACGUCGUCUCAAUAUUAUGCUUUAUCAUAUUCUCUCAAACUGUUCACAGAGCCAUACUUAAUAGCAAUUUUAUGGUUUUGAAGCAUAGAUUCAUUUUACUCGCUGUCCAAAUACUGUGAUUAGAAAAAUAAUACUGCACAAAAAAUACUGAUGAUUAUUUUUUAAUCGAGUGUACGAAUUGCAAGACAGCCUAUAAAUUUAGAAUUUUUAUAUAUUUUCUUGAUUUUUUGUAUGCAUGUUAUUAUUAUUUUGAUCAUUUAAAAUGCUAUUUUAUACCAUUUUGUUGAAGAAUAUCAAUCAGAACCAAGAUCAGGACAAUUUUCGGUAAAAUUUGAAAUUUCCCGGAAAUUCCCGGGAAAUUUGUUGAAAAUUUCCCGUUUCCUGGGAAUUUUGUAAAUCCAGGAAAUUGGACGCUCUACUUAAAAGUCACAAUUUUUGCCGGAAAUGUGAAAUCAAGGAAUAUUUAGUUUUAGAAGUAAGUUUACAAACUUCUGAUGAAAUUCAAACCAUGUGGCUAAGGGUGUGCCACCUAACUAACAAUUCAGAAGCCGAUUGUUCGAAUUUGAUAUUAAAUAAAGCUGGGACGCCCGUACUCUAUUUUUUUCGAAGUUUCCCAAAUUUUCUUCUUCUACAGAAUUGAACGUGUCCUGUGAAAAAAUAAACGAAUUUAUUUUUGGCAGGUGUGCUUUGAAAUGGCAAAUAGAGAAUUUUUUUUAAGAUUAUAGGAUACAUUUUUAAUGUACUUUCAACGCGAAAUCAACGCGUGUUGUAAACCUGACGAAAUACAGGCAAAGGAUUGAAUCUCUCACUUUCCCUUAUUCUUCUUAUAAAAAGAUAGCAUAGAAGUUAAAAUUAUUCAAAUUAAAUUAUAGAAAUAACACACUUUGAUUUCUUUACCGAAUUCGGUAAUUGAAAAAUCGUUAAAGUUUAGAUCGGUAUCAGCCAAAAUUUUACCGAAAAUUGAUGGUAAAAUGAACAAUAAAGAACUACAUUACCGAAUUUCGGUAAAUUUUUACCAAAUUUAGUGGUUUUUAAUCAACCGACCUGUUCAGCAGUUGAAAAAUCGGUAGAAAUAAGCGAAUUCAGUGAAAAUCCAAGUGUAUAUUAAAGGUUUAAUCUAAAACCUAUAAAUUCAAAUAACAUUUUUCAAACAAAUUGUUUGUUUUUAAAGCAUUGUUUUCUCCUUAACUUCACCCACUGAACCUUUUUUUUCUCAUAAAAUUAUUUUUAUUAGGUCCUUUUUGGUGCUGGGACCUGGUUAGGACCGAGUCGGCUUUUGUAAUUACAUUUGACUUAAUAAUUACAGAGGAUCUUGUGUGUAAAUGUUAGUGGGAGGGGAGCCGAUUACCCGCGGCCUACUCGGGUUUAGUAGGGAAGGGAUUGAUGUUAAAGACAAGGCGUGGGAAGGGAAGGGGGAUUGUGUAGGGGUCUUGGUUGGCUCUGCUGGCCAGUGUUGAAAAUCUAGCGACUAUGAUUAAUUUUGCGAUUAAUCGCUGCCUGUUACACCCCACGAAUAAGACUGCUGAGAAUAGUCUUUAUUCUCAAAUUGCCACGACUAGCUGUCAUUCGUCAAGAGUGCAGUCGAUGAUUGUAACAACCCAUGACUGCUGGCAGUAAAGGGGCAAGAUUGGAUCUUGAUCGCAGCAAGUUGAUGACUAAACCCAAUCAUUCAAAUUUUUAUUCGUCUCUGCCACACCCAGCGAUCAAGUGGCAGUCAGGAAAAACGAGAUCAAAGCAUACUCAGAGGGCUUUUCUUCAGGCAAUCAUUAUUCGCUCGAAGAGAUUUUUUUUCAACCUUGCUGCUGGCCUUUGCUUUUGUCCUCAGCCGCAACUCGGUGUCCAGCUGCUGGGGCGUGCUUCCGGUGAAAACCAGAAACGACGGCUUUGUGUGAAGGCGAGUUAUACUAACUGAAGGAAAACUAACUGAAGAAAAACUAAAUGGAUAUUUUGGAAUCUAAGAGGAACUGAUAGAUCGGAUAGAGAACACCCACUGAACCUUCAUGCUUUUCAUUAUUUUUUAAGAAGCAUGCACAAAAAAAUAAUUAAUUUAGAAGGUUGAUAAAAAUUGAUGAAUAUUAUCCCAUUAAACCCAUAAACCCCCAUUUUUAGGAUGCAAUAUUUGUUUUUUUAAGAACCUGAAAUUUGACAGAAAACGAUUGAAAAAUAGUGAAAAAUAAUCAAAAACAAAUCUUUUUCUACAAAAACAAUUCAAUUAAGUUAAGUUUCAGCGAAGAAACAACAAUAUUCCAUAAACUAAAAAUUCAUGCAAUUUCCGUGAAAAAAAAAACAAUUUUCAAAAAGGCCAUUUUUAAAAAAAAAUUUAUAUGUAUGUCCCUCGACUCUGACCAAAGUCGAGGGGGGAGCAAAAAAAAAGUUUACAAAUUUUAAUUAGAAGCCACGGUUUCAACAUUUGAAUGAAAAAAGUGUUUUAAAAUGCAUUAUACACCUGCCCAGUUGUUUUGCAAUCAUAAGUUUUCAAAUAUUUUAAGUAUUAACGAAAAUUUUAUUUUAGCGGGAAAAAAGAUUUUGCAGUACUGUACAUUGUAAUUUCAUAAAAGUCCAUAAAAAUGAUUCUAAACAUGCUUAAUAUGAUAAUCAAUGCAGAAAAAGGCAUUUUUAAUUGUUUUUAGUUGAUUGUCUUCUAUUUCCAUGGAUAUUUUCAAGUUUUUUGAAAAAAAUAUAUUUUUGGCCUCCGAUUUUUCGGACCAAUUUUGAAGGGGUGGGGCGACCUUAUGAAUACAUUUCCUAACAUAAUGGUGACAAGCAAUGGUAACCAUUUAAAAAUCAGUACAAAUUUCGUCAAAAAAGUUUUUGUCAAAUGGUUAAAAAAUGGUCUAAGAACUAGUUCUCAAAUAGUAACCUUAAAACAAUCACUUAAAAAACAUAAAUAUUAAAGUAUUAAAAAUGUUCAAAAUUUACAAAAAAAAAUCAUUUUAACUGAAAGUUACCAGCAGGCAAAAGAAGCCUUUUGAUACAAAUUUUAAAAAAAUGUCAAAAUUUCAAAUAAAAUUCUUUGAAAUUAUGUUUUUUUUACAAUCUGCAAUGAUAUCAACUGUGGUUGAAAUAUUUGAAAUUAAACUUCCACGUAAAUCCCAUAUUCAAUGGGGUCAACCUUUAUAAACUUCAAUUAGCACUAGAAAACGAUAAAUUUCAUGUGGCACAAGUAAAUCGAAACGCUUUCCGCAAUUAAUUUUGCAAUUGCAGCUCUCUAGCCCAUGCAAACAACUUUGUUCGCUCAUGAUAAAAACAGCGCACAAAAUUUCCGAUUUAAAUAAAUAAAAUCCAUCAACGGUGAGGCCUCUCUUCCUCCAGUGCAAAUGUGUUUUUGCAAACCAGAUUGCAAUCGGGGUGCUAAAACACUGUCUGCGGUCACACUCACAUUUCAACACGCGGCGAUAAUGCGUUUUCCAUCAUCAACUGUGAAAGCCGGCCAACAUUUGCCCCAUCAUUUAUACAUAUCAAAUAAAACGAAUCAUAUCAGUAUCAUUCGUCAUUUAAUUAAAUCCACAAACGCGUGGUCGGCGGAGAUAAUAUUAAUAGUUUGAUAAAACCGACCGUUCAUUAAUUACGCGAUCGAUGUUUGACUCAUUUCCGAUCGAACCCCCUCCCCCUUUGUGACGCCCCUGGUGGCACCUUUUCAAUUGUUUGUGUGCAAAAAUCAGAAAACCAUUAUAAACUACAUUAAACCCACAAUUUCCACCUCAUUGAGUUGGGUUGUUGCAUGUGGCUGUUUUGAUCAACCUUUCCCAAUCUCUCCCCUUUUCUACACCCCUGCCCUGCUGAUGCUGAAAUCUAUUCAUCAUCUAAUCACACAAUCGACCUCCUACGCACAUUUCAAACCAAACGUGGCUUUUGUUUUGGGUGUUCAAAUGAUUCGAUUAAUUCAAAUGCUUUCGUUGCGUCAACACCCCCCAAAAUGUGUUCAAUUUCACCACCCCUUGCAACGCCCCUGCCAAAACGAAGGAAAACUGCACAUUUAUUGCAAUUUAAAGAGAAAAAGCAAAAAGAGAAAGUGAAAAAGAGCGAGUGUAUCAUGCAAAACUGAAAAACUGAAUAAUUAUAAUGAAUGUAAUUAAAUUUCAUGAAUAUAUGCAUGUGUACAUUUUCGAAACUGUUUCUACCCCCGCCCUCAAAAACCAAACGAUGAAAAGCACACAUACAUACAGACACUCACUCAAACAAGCGCACUUGAAGCAGAAAAUUGCAUGUUUUAAAGCUUAAAAACCUUCGCAAAGUGUGCGACAGAGAUAGAAAGAGACAGAGAGAGAGAGUGGAAAAUUAAUUUCGAAACUGAACAGACUCCCCCGUCCUUGAAUUGCAAAUAAAAAAAGGAAAAAAUCAAAUAUGCAGCAAAAAAGGAAGAUGAAAUCGUAUGUAACAUAUCGGAAACAACAUUUUUCAUAUCAAAACGGGAGAAAUGAUUAAUUAAUUAAAACGCAAAUCGAUGGCGUAGCUUUAAGAGUAUACUUUUUCUUUCUAUUAAAAAAUGAAAAAAAAAUCUCAACAAAGAAACCAAAACAUAAACAGCACGAAAUUAAAUGCGCAAAAUUUAAAAACACAAAACUCUUCGACGUUUUAACUAAACUUUUUUUCAAAACUCUUUUCGGAAACAAGACGAGCGAAACAAAGCAAGCGUGUACUUUCACCCCCUUUUAUAA